AGCCAUUUAUUGUGGCUUAAGCUUCCACGACUGGACGCAAGUCUUGAAGCAAGCGCGAGCGCCCCUCUUGCCUCUGUAAACAGGCCCCCCGCGCCGACACGAUGGGCUGCUGCAUGGCCUCCCGCCAGGCCCUCGCGCCCGAGGACCAGCAGGCCGGCGGGCCGCCCCCGCACAUGCCAGACGUCGCGGAGGUGCCCGUGCCCGAGGACCCGCAGGAGAGCGACGCCUUGCCCGAAUCUCCGGCGGCGCCCGUCGACCAGCAGCACGAGCAGGAGGUCCCCAAGAAUGAGGAGCAGGAGUCGUUCGACUUGGCGCGGUACACGGACGCCGCGAGCCUCUUCGACGCGCUCGCGUUCACCGUGGAUGACCUCCACCCCGUGCGCUUGGUCCGCAUGACGUGGUUGCUGCAGCAGCGCGGCACCGUCCUGAAGAGGCGCCAGGAGCUGCCGGAGAAGGCCUUCGUGUCCGCGGACGAGUUGCGGGCCGUCUGGGAGGCCGGCGGGCGAGGAGGGAAAGACCAGGUGGCGCCGAUCGUCACCAUCUCGUUCUGCUGGGAUUCGCGCGAGCAUCCCGACCCCGAUGGAGUGCAGCUGAACUUGGUGAUAGACACUCUAGAGGAGGAGCGCCGCAAGUACUCCACAGCCCGAGGUGACUUCAAGGGGUUCAGCGAGAUGGGAAUAUUCUGGGACUGGCCCUCGCUGCUGCAGGGCGACCCGAUCAAGGCCGAGGAGGCGAAGGCCGCCGCCCUGCGGCAGGGCAAGACCGAGAAGGACGCGCAGGAGGCCGCGGACAAGGCCAAGCGGACCCCCGCCGAGAAAGCCGCCUUCAAGCACGGGCUGGAGGAGACAAUGGACCUCUGGUACGCCCACCAGGCCACCACCGUGCUCCUGCUCACCCAGCACCCCCGCGAGCGGGGCAGCGCGCGCAAGGAGGGCUACGACCAGUCCGGCUGGACGACGUACGAGCGCUGCUCCGCGGAGCAGAUCAAGCAGGUCUGGCGCUGGGAGGCAAAGUGGACCGCCGUGGCCGACCUGGGGCAGGGGGAGCGGGCCUUGGCGGCCGGGAGGAGGUGGCCGGUGGGCCCGGACGAGUUCGACCGGCUCAUCGAAGACAGGUCCUUCACCAACGGCGCGGACAAGGAAGCGGUGAAGGCGCUCUUCCGCCGGAUGAGCCGCGCGCAGUUGGGCGGCGUGACGACGCUGGACUUCACCGGGAUGCCACCCCCGACCCCCGAGCAGGCCGCGGGGCUCGCAAGCUGCCUGCGGCUGUGCGCCCGCCUGCAGAAGCUAGACCUGACAAGAUGCAAGAUCGGCGCCGAGGGCGCGCGGGCCCUGGCGGGGGUGCUGCCCUCCCUCCCCGGCCUGCAGGAGCUGCGCCUGGGCGGCGAUGCGAUUACGAUUUCCCGACGGGGGCGCGCGGGCCCUCCCUGCCCGGCCUGCAGGAGCUGUUCCUGGGCAACAACCGCAUCGGCGACGAGGGCGCGCGGGCCCUGGCGGGGGCGCUGCCCUCCCUGCCCGGCCUGCAGAAGCUGAACCUGGACGACAACAGCAUCGGCGACGAGGGCGCGCGGGCCCUGGCGGGGGCGCUGCCCUCCCUGCCCGGCCUGCAGGAGCUGCGCCUGGGCGGCAACAGAGGUCCGCACGAGAUUCGAUCCGGGUCGGUUCGAUUCGGAGAUCGCAUCGCCGCGAAUGCCGAUUCGAUGCUGGAGGCCCCCUGCC